AUGGAGCCUACAGCGUCCUUAGCCACAUCUGCAGAGGAGGCGACCAGCUUGGACUACCUACUCUGGUUGUUGCAUUGGACGGGUGCCAUCUGUCACCCCAGGGCGGGCCCGUGGUCGUGUCGUAUCUCCUACGUGCUCAGACUGCUCGGAGUGGUCUGUGUUUCUUAUACCAACAGUUGCGACGUAGUUGCAAUCUACCGUGAAGGAACAAGGGAUUUCGACCGUUUCACGCUAACAGUGAGCGUGUUUGAAACCGGCAGCACGUGCGCGUAUCGCCGCUGCCACGUCGCUUGGCGCGAGCGCGACUUCCAGAAACUUUCUCAGCAGGUGCGCGAGGACUUUGGAGAGUUCAUGACUCCUAGUGACAUCCCUGUUCUGCAAGUCCUCGCUGCUGCACUGCGCCGCUUCGUGACAGCAUACAUAAUAUUCGGCGCUCUCGAUACCGUUGUGUGGCUCACGUACCCUACGAGAGGCGAGGGACUUCCUCUGAUAAUCAUACUGCCCUUCCAGACGGACCACUCGUUUGGCUGGCUCGUUGGUUGGUUGAUCUGCGCCUACAUCACAGCAGAUGCUCUGGCGUUCAACGCCAUAAUUGAUUGCUUAAAUAUCUGCCUCAUGGAGCAACUCCGUAUGCAACUUAUAAUCCUAAGAAAGCACAUUGACGAAUUGGGCAAUGGAGGUGAAGGCACACAAUACUCGUCAUCGCAAAAGGGUUCCAAGAGGACUUUGCAACUUGACGAUUAUUUAACUGAACAUCAUGACAGUUGUAAAGUACAGGAGACUAUACAUCAACAACAACAUACAAAGGCCUUGUUCGCGAACGAGGGCACCAAAGGAAAUCAACUGUCAUCUGAAUAUGCCAGUGCUGGCGAUAUUCACAGCCGAUUGCGCCGUAUUAUCCUUCACCACCAAGCUGUUAUCAGAAACGUUGAGUCACUGCAGGACUGCUUGGGGAACAUGCUACUGGUCCAGAGUGCCUCCCUCGGUUCUGUUCUCUGCAUUCUGUUGGUCCAGAUAGCUCUGAGUGCACAAGGAGCACGAGAAACUGGAAAGAUCUGCGGCUACAUGUUCGCAAUAUUUAGUGAGCUCUUGCUCUAUUGUUGGUUCGGAGACAAACUAAUGGUGGAGUGCGAGAAUUUGACGCUGGCGAUAUACGAUGCGGUGACGUCACUACACGAAUGCUCCACGUCCAUCAAACGGUCGCUGCUGCUACUCAUGUUGAGAUCUCAGCGGCCACUAUGCAUCACUGCUGCAGGAUUCUUCCCUCUCUCCAGGGAGUCCUUCGUGGCGAUCUUAAACCUCUCUUACUCAUUCUUCGCCAUUCUUCGAAAUUUCAAGGAGGAUUAAAAAUGGAUGGACUCUGC